AUGGUCUGGUUUGCCUGCUACUAUGAUUAUUCUGUUGGGGAAUCCUUCUGUCUUUGGAACCCAGCCACCAAAGAAUACAAGGAAUUACCCAAACCACCAGAUGUAGAUGACACAUUUGGAAUUUGGGUAAGUGGUUUUGCUUAUGAUAAAAAUAGGGGAGACUACAAUGUGAUUAACUGUUAUGACAGUAUAGUCCAAGUCUAUUCAUUAGAAUUAAAUUCAUGGAAAAUCAUUGAGAUCAGCGUGUCUCUCACGCCUCAAAGGACAUUUGGUAGCCUAGAAGCGGGGGUAUUUUUUAAUGAAGAUUUUCAUUGGAUACACGGUGACAAAGUUGUAGUCUCACUGGAUUUAAUCAAUGAAAGAAUCAAUGAAAUACAACUACCAAGACGAUUUUCGAAUUUGGAUUUUGAUUUAUAUCUGAUGUUGGCGGUGUUGGAAGGGUGCCUUUGUUUGCUUAAAAGUCAUCUUCUUAGUGUUGGUGUUGAAGUAUGGGUAAUGCAGGAUUACGGAGUUCAAAAAACUUGGACCAAAAGUUUUAUCAUAAACAAUGAGAGUAACGGUUUUAUGAGGCGUGUGUGGUCUUCUAAGAAGGGUGAGAUUCUUAUUGAGGUAGAUGGUGAUCAAGUUUUAUAUAACCAUAAGUUUGGAACUGUGAGAAAACAAAAUAAUCAAAGUUUAAUAGGCACUAGAACAAGAGGAGAGAAUUAUUUUGAAAGCUUAGUUUCGCUCAAUGCAGGUACUUACGUGCAGGAGAAGAAGCACGAAUAG